GCCCCGCCCCCGCGCGGCGCUGCGGAACCGGAGCUCCGGGCGGCGUCGGCAGCGGCGCGGGAGGCGGCGAGGCCAGGGCUGCAGGAGCCGGCGCGGCGGCCUCAGCGAGAGCGGCGGGGACCGAGCAGACCACGACGAAAGCGCACAGGCAGCCGGGUCGGGCCGCUGCGGGGAGAGCGGCCGCCGGGAAGCGGGCGGGAAGCCGGGCGGGCAGCGGACAGCCGCCGAGCUGCGGAGCGACAUGGUGCUGCUCAAGGAGUAUCGUGUCAUCCUGCCUGUGUCUGUAGAUGAGUAUCAAGUAGGGCAGCUGUAUUCUGUGGCUGAGGCAAGCAAAAAUGAAACUGGAGGUGGUGAAGGCGUGGAGGUCCUAGUGAAUGAACCCUAUGAGAAGGAUGGUGAGAAAGGCCAGUACACACACAAGAUCUACCACUUACAGAGCAAGGUACCCACAUUUGUUCGAAUGCUGGCCCCAGAAGGAGCCCUGAAUAUACAUGAAAAAGCAUGGAAUGCCUACCCAUAUUGCAGAACUGUUAUUACAAAUGAGUACAUGAAAGAGGACUUUCUGAUUAAAAUUGAAACCUGGCACAAACCAGAUCUUGGCACCCAGGAGAAUGUGCAUAAACUGGAGCCCGAGACAUGGAAACACGUGGAAGCCGUAUAUAUAGACAUUGCAGAUCGAAGUCAAGUACUUAGCAAGGAUUACAAGGCAGAGGAAGACCCUGCAAAAUUUAAAUCGGUCAAAACAGGACGAGGACCCUUGGGCCCAAAUUGGAAGCAAGAACUUGUAAAUCAGAAAGACUCCCCAUAUAUGUGUGCAUACAAACUGGUUACUGUCAAGUUCAAGUGGUGGGGCCUGCAGAACAAGGUGGAAAACUUUAUACAUAAGCAAGAGAGGCGUCUGUUUACAAACUUCCACAGGCAGCUGUUCUGUUGGCUCGAUAAGUGGGUUGACCUGACCAUGGACGACAUUCGAAGGAUGGAAGAAGAGACGAAGAGACAGCUGGAUGAAAUGAGACAAAAGGACCCAGUGAAAGGAAUGACAGCAGAUGACUAAAGCCACCCAUCCCCCUUCUGCACUUUUCGCAAGACAGUGGUCAACAGGAAGGCCCAGCAGCUCCACCCUCCUGAGUGACAGGCCAUCUUCGGACGCAGCCUUUCUGUGCCCAUUCUUCAGGCAACUUUCAAUUCCUUACUGUAGCUAAUUCUAGAUGUCCUUUAAUAUUGUGAACAAACAGACCGUCUGGUAUUACAAAGCCCAUGUGUAUGGGAGCCUGCUCCUCUAAGAUAUGUGGUGUGUAGGCUGCUGUAUUUACAGCUUCUCCCUCUCUCCAUUGCAUUCUGACCCAUUUCUGUGUGUGCCCCCACCUUUGUUUCCAAGUGACAUUUUUAGUCUUUCAAGUUAGCUGCCUUUUGUAAUGUGGUCAUUUAAGUUCAUUGGUUUUCAACCUUGGGAUAAACUGAGGUAUUUUGUUUCCUGGGCAGAUCCUUGAAAUUUUGAAUGCUCACCUGGGGAGAGAAGAUGAGUUAGAAAUACAGUAUCGUCCUCUCUUUUCCCCAUCUAGUUCCACAGAAUAGCAAUGUGGAUUCAUAACUCUUACCUCUGCCACUAGUUACCUGUCAUCAAUGCACUAAGCACCAAGGAGGUACCCAAGGCCCAGGCAGUCUCUGUUUAAAGAAAAUUGAACACACAUGAAUAAUCCCUGCCCCAGUCAUUGCAUAUCUGGCCAUUGUUCUUACAAACAACUGUGACUUCUUGGUCCUCCUGUUGCCCACUCUGUCUGAAUUUCUCUGCAGAGUCUACAAGACACCCUGGUCACCUUUCCACUUGGAGGGAAUUUUCCAGUGUGGCCCUUAGAAUUGAGUCUGCCCCAUAGAUACCAAUCCAUCUGACCCCUGAGGAGCUCUGUGCUCCUCUUCCCUUUUGGGCUGGUGCUCCACUCAGCAAUAAUCCUCUUUUUCUCUGUGCUUUCUUAGGUCCCUGUCCUCUGUCUUUGCAGUUGGUUAGGAUGCAAAAGUCCUGAUCUUUUCAUGCUGCACAAAGCAAGCAUGCAAAAAGCUCCCUUUUCCCCCAGCCAGAACAUGUACCCUCUUGUCUCCAAUCACUGGAAAAGAAUUUGGGGAUCAUGAACUCAGCUUGUCCUGCCCAUGCUGAGUUGUGUCCUGGACAAUCAAAAGUAAGCAGUGAUCGUAGUGUAAUUUCAUCAAAGUAGGCUGAUGAAGUAGUCCAAGCUCCAGGAAAGAAGUUGCUGAGUGCUUCCUAGUUCCUUGACUCAGCAGAGCCUGAGUAUGCCUUCUUGGUGGGAGAAUCUGAGAUAGCUAUGGUGUCACCUGACAUUUCUCAGGCCUUGUGAAGUACGUUGGCCUGAGUGUACAGUGACCCAAGCCCAUACUAGCCUGGGUCCCUCUGCUAAUGAGAGAAACCAAAUCUCUGUUUGGAGUGAGAAGUGGGAUGGGACAUUUUAUCCUAUGUUUUGUCUGUGUGUUUGCCUUACUCAUUUCUAAGUGCAAUAAUGGAGCGUCUCACAGGAUUGCACCUGUGAUAUCUUGAUGGAUGCUUCCCUGUGGUCCUCCUAGGGCAAGGGUAGACAGAUUUGGAUUCCUCAGCAUGGUUAGCUCCGACCUUCAUUGAGGUCCCUUUGGGGCCAGCAGAUAUCUCAUUACAGCCACCCUCUUAUGUAUUAGUCUCCUCAUCUUAUAGAGUCUUUAGUAAUGGACCUGGGGCAUUUCAGUUGGUGAUCGGCAUCUCAACUGCUAGGAUUGGAAAAGUUGAAGAGGCAUUCCCACAGGAUACAAAUGUAAAUGUUUUGCUGCAAGCUCUGUAUUAACUAUUAAUUAUAUUUGUGCUUAAAGAUUUUUCUUCAUUCAUCAACUAGGUGAAGUCUAGGUGUGGGUUUUCUUGGGAGAAACUGAUACUCUAAGCAGACAGUUGUUUAUGCAGUGUGAGGGUCAGAUGUUAGUCUCCUUUGUUCAGUUCUCCGCGAUCUACACAUAUCACUUCAGCUCUCUUGGGGGCUCACUAUUCAUUUGCCUUUUCUCUGGCUUCUCCCACUUCUACCUGUUGCCCUAUUUGAAAGCAUCUAAAUGAGCUGAGCUGGAAUUUCCCCAAUCAGCCUGGAUCUGGGGCUCCUGCCCAUAUCAACAAAAAGGAGGGAUGUCUUUGUCUAAACCAUCCCCAUGGAUGGUGUUGCUGCUGGGCAACAGUGUUGGCUUCUUUUAAGUGCGCCUUCCUUCUUUCCUUCUCCACCCCCAAACUGAUGAGCACUCAGAGGGGCUUAUGAUGAGCAAAGGCUUAGCUCCAGGUAUAAUACAUGUGGGUGUGUCACUUCAGACCAGCUGCUUCCAUUAAAUUUCCAGGGUCUUAGUCCCAAAUGAAAGCAGCAAUGCCGCUACACAAGGGCUGCUGGGCUCUGGCCUUCUCAUGGAGAGAGGUCAGGGACAGGGUCAGUAUUGUGGGCACAUGUAUAUCUUCCCAAGUUCUCCUUUUACAGUCCAUACCGGGACUCCCUGACUUAUUUUGGUUUGUUCCCAGUGCUACUUCUUUUACAAACUACACUUUAUAGAACUGAUUAGAUUACCUUGUUUAUUUAAUGUGAGUUUGUGCCUUUUUUGUCUCAAUCUUCCAAUACAGGUAUAUUGGGGAAAAAAGCAGUCUAAUAAAAUCCUAGACAGAG